GCUGCCGCAGCAGCAACAGCGGCGGAGGAGGCUGCUCGAAGGGUCCGUGGGGAUCCGGGAGCUGUCCCUUCAGCACCACCUGCCUAGCCAGGCCUGGCCCUCGGAUUCCUCCAGCCCCAGGAGAAAGGAUCUUCUAAUCUCCCGCUGCAGCCCACACCCACCGAGACUGACUGACUGAGCGGGGAGUCUCCACCGAGGGAGCGGUUCUUGCUGCGGGGAGACAGGGAAGUGGGUCUGGGGUCGGGGGUGAUUGCCCAACUGCCAAGGCCAAGGGGCAACCUGUCAACCCUGGACACGGUCAGCUGGCAGUUCUUUGAUCACCCAAGCCUGAAAGACAAGCAGGAGACAUCGCUCUGGAUCCUUCCUGCUAGACACACACACACACACACACACACACACAUACAUACACAUACACACACACAGACACAGACACAGACACGCGCACACAGACACACACGAACAUCCAGUGGACAGCAUCAGCAACAGCAGGAGCAGCAAUGCUAAGAAGGUGGUCUGGGAAGUUUCGCACUUGGAUCUCCAACCGAUUCCUGAGACUGCAGGUGUAGCUCCCCGCCAGUGUCCUGGGUCUCCCCAAGAUGACGGGCCAGAGCCUGUCGGAUUUGUCCGAAGCCAACUUCGAGGACUGCGAGAUCAGCGUCAAUGUUGGGGGUUUCAAGAAAAAGCUGCGCUCUCACACGCUGUUGCGCUUUCCAGAGACCCGGUUGGGCCGCCUCCUACACUGCCGCUCCAAGGAGUCCAUCCUGGAGUUGUGUGAUGACUAUGACGACGCGCAGAACGAGUUCUACUUUGACAGGAACCCGGAGCUCUUCCCCUACGUCCUGCACUUCUAUAAUACAGGCAAACUACACGUGAUGGGAGAGCUUUGCGUUUUUUCCUUCAGCCAAGAGAUAGAGUACUGGGGGAUUAACGAGUUCUUCAUCGACUCCUGCUGCAGCUACAGCUAUCAUGGAAGGAAGAUGGAGCCUGACCAAGAGAAGUGGGAUGAGCAGAGUGACCAGGAGAGCACCACCUCCUCCUUUGAUGAGAUUUUGGCCUUCUACAAUGAUGCAUCUAAGUUUGAUGGGCAGCCCUUGGGUAACCUCCGGAGACAGCUAUGGUUGGCCCUGGAUAACCCAGGCUAUUCAAUUCUGAGUAGGGUAUUCAGCAUUCUUUCCAUCAUGGUGGUAUUAGGCUCCAUUGUCACCAUGUGCCUCAACAGCCUUCCUGACUUUCUGAUCCCGGAUAGCCAAGGCAACCCUGAGGAAGACCCCAGGUUUGAAAUUGUGGAACACUUUGGAAUUGCUUGGUUCACUUUUGAGUUAGUGGCCAGAUUUGCUGUGGCCCCAGAGUUCUUCAAAUUUUUUAAGAAUGCACUAAAUUUGAUUGAUCUCAUGUCCAUCAUUCCAUUCUACAUCACCCUGGUGGUCAACUUGGUGGUGGAGAGUUCUCCCACCUUGGCCAACUUAGGCAGGGUGGCUCAAGUCCUCAGGCUCAUGAGGAUUUUCCGCAUCCUAAAACUGGCCAGACACUCCACUGGCCUUCGGUCUCUAGGGGCCACCCUGAAAUAUAGCUACAAAGAGGUAGGGCUCCUCUUACUCUAUCUUUCAGUGGGCAUAUCAAUAUUCUCUGUAGUGGCCUACACCAUUGAGAAAGAAGAAAAUGAGGGUCUAGCCACAAUCCCUGCCUGUUGGUGGUGGGCAACUGUGAGCAUGACAACUGUGGGCUAUGGUGAUGUUGUUCCAGGGACCACAGCUGGGAAGCUGACUGCUUCAGCUUGUAUCCUUGCUGGCAUUCUUGUGGUGGUGCUGCCAAUAACUUUGAUCUUCAAUAAAUUUUCACAUUUUUAUAGGCGACAAAAGCAACUUGAAAGUGCCAUGCGCAGCUGCGAUUUUGGAGAUGGAAUGAAGGAGGUUCCUUCAGUCAAUCUACGGGACUACUAUGCCCACAAAGUUAAGUCACUGAUGGCAAGUCUUACCAACAUGAGCAGAAGCUCACCAAGUGAACUAAGCUUAAAUGAUUCCCUACAUUAGCCUGAAGGUCAGGAUCCAUCAUAAUAGAUGGUUGAGCUCCUUUUGUGCUCCUGGCAAGGCUCCAGGCUCCAUAAGGUUACAAAGAGAGGAGAAGAUAAAGUCUUUCCCUUUCAGUACCUUACCAUUCUAAAUGGAAGGAGAUGCCUGACCAGUGUACACCCACUAUUGCUUCCACAGCAUGUAGAAUCCUUCCUAUGGGGUGGGGUGACUAACACUAUAUCAACUUUGCACUGAGAAAAAUGCUAAAUUUUGUGCCUGAUGAGUAUCCUGAAUGCCAGUUUUUCUAUACAAAUCGUCCAUCAUGUACCCAAUCCUGGUGUUCCUGGUACAGUGCUGUCAGUUUGCACUUUUGUUUUCAUGUUAUCAUAUGAGGAUUGGAUAAAAAGUGUGUCUCUCCAGUGGGAACAUUUGUGAAGUCAGCAAUGAAAAACUCAGAUUUCAACUUACAAGAAUGUGAAAAAAAAUUUCAGUCAUGCAUUCAUUUCUCAAUUUACUUCAAUGCUCAAAACAGAAAAUGUGAAAUUAAGCACAUAUCACCAAUGCAACUUUCUGUUUUCUUAAAACUUAAAUUUUAGUUCUGUGACUUGCAUGGGUGCAUAUCAUACUUCUGUUAUUUAUGCAAAUAUUACCUCCCUGGAAAUCUAAUUUACUCAGUUUACACACACACAGUGUGGAACUGAUCCUACUUCAAGAGCAAAAGCAUUGGGAAAUUACUGUUAGUCUAAAAUCAGGGACAGAUCUGAUCCUUAUGAGGCUCUCUGGGUUUUUUGAUGUGGAAAAAAAAGUAGUGAGUUUCUCAUUUCUGGAUGAUUGAAAGUAGAAGCUGGAUAUCCAUUUGUUGGGAAUGAUAUAGAGGGAUUUCUGUUACAGGAAUGGGUUGAAUGGGAUAAUCUCUAGGAUUUCUUUCAACUUGAGUUUCUUAUUCUUUAUUGAGAGUCACAAUCAUGAGGAAGGCAUCCUGUUUUCCUAAGAGUCUUUCCAAUGAAGAUCCUGUCUUGGGCCCAGUAUGCAUAGACCAAGAAUGAAAAGAUUUUUUUUCAAACUGUAUUCCAUGUUCUAAACAAUUUUACCAAAUAUUACUGGGUCAUAGGAAUUAGCAAUUUUUUUAUUUGUCUUUUUUAAGAGUGUGGAUUUGGUUAUUCUGCCUCUUCUAAUUCCUAAGAGGUUUAUUUUAAUAUCUUAUGAAAGUAAAUAUUUCAUAUUUGAUAUGAAAGACAGUAGCUUGGAAACUAUCAGUAUUCUCUGAAAUUUCAUUAAAAAUGAGCGCAUGCUUAUUUCAAAGCAAGAUUUUGCUUCUAGGAUUCAUAAUUUUUAUAUGAUACUAUAAUUACCUAGUAAGGGGCUUCCCUCUUUGCAAUGGGGAACUCAUGGAACAUAAGCAUGUACUCAGAAUACAGAUGAUAUAUGCAUGGAAUAGGCUGCAGGGAAAUAUUAUAUGUAUCUAUAUCUAUAUUUAUAUAUUGAAUUAACUGUCUUUGUUCUGAGAACAAGGUAGGGUUAAAAAUGGGGAAGGGAAAGGAAUGGGAAAAUUGAAAAGGAAAUAGUAUUAUAAAAUAUUACAACUAUUUACAAACUUUUAAAAAGUUUAAUGCUGCAUAAAGUACCUUGAAACUUUUAAGCCUAUUGAAAAAAGGUUAAAGGGGUACAUAUAUCCUACUUCCUGUGGUUCUCAGAAACUCCUUUCUGCUCUUUGCUCCCUGAUUACAGGAGCCCUGGGCUAUCACAUAAAAAUGUGGAUGGAAUACUGAGUCACUUUGUAUAACUGCUCUGUAUCUGUCAUAGUAUAUGUUGUGUAAUUGUUUCCAAAUUGACUUCUAUUAUAUGUCUUGUAAAGAUUGUGUCAAGUGACAUAAGCAUGGAGUUAGCCAGGCUCAGAUCCUUUCUUUUUAUGUGACUCUUUACCUAAAUUACUGAAGUUUGUAUGACUUGAUUUCCUCACUUAAUAGAUGAGGUCCAUAUUAAUCUCAUAGGACUGCUGUGAGGAACCGUUAGUAUCUUAAAAGAUUCCCAAGAUGUCUAUGGGCUGUUACUGUUUUUUACUAAGGGAACUUUGUCUUGAGUGAUUUUCUAAAUGCACUAGGCACUUCUGAUUGUAGAUGUAGGUUCAACUUCACUCAUCUGGAUGGAGAUUCAUAGUAGGUCACCUCCCAAUAUCUAGUGGACAAUAUCUCUGUCUCUCUUUUCCUGUCUCUCUGUCUCUCUCUCACUGUCUCUCUCUGUCUCUUUUUCUCCCUGCUUUUGUUCUACUCCUCUCCCUGCUUUCUCUUUACUCUUACACAUACAUACACACACACACACACACACACACACACACACAACACAACACACACACACACACUAUGAAAACCUGAAAAGACAGAGAUAACAGAUUGAGAAGUUUAGUGCUAUUUCACAGAUUUUUGCAGUCAAGAUAUCUGACUCUAGCCAGUAUUUCCAGAGAUAAAAAGUCAACAGUUUACAAAAUCACCUCUAGAGUAGUUUAGAAGCAGGUGAUGGCAGCUGAUGUAUGAGGUGUGCCCAAGAAUGUUUUCACUUGCUAAAACCAAUUUUAUUGGGUUCCAUAUUGGGUAUGUUAUAAAAUGGUUAUUAAUUCCUUAUUAUAGGCUUAUCUGCAGGCAGGACAGUACUCAGUUGCUCUAGAUAGAAUAUUUUUUCCAAACAUUAUAAACGAUAAGGUGUUUCUGACAGUUGUAUCCAUUUUAGAUAAAAAAGCUGAAAGGUUCACAAUUCAUUGUGGAAACAAUUUGCAUUUAUAUGGUGUCUUUCACCUGAGGGAUAUCCCAAAGUGCUUUUAGAAAUUGUUUUUAACCUCUCAUAUUUAUUCAUGUAGAAAAGGAUUUGCUCCUUCCAGAAGCAGUAGUAAAUCUAAGAGGACAAGUUUAAUAAUGCUUUCUAAUAAUCCAAAGUAAGUCUCAAAGCAGCAUGUCCAGAAGGAAGGAAGACAAACCUAUGUGGCUUCAAAAACAGAUUUCAUUUUAAAGAAAUGACAAAUAACUUAAAUUAAUCUGGGGCCCAGGGAAAAAUUAUUCUUCCUCUCUGAAAUGGCACCAUCAAAUCAUUAAUGUCAGCAUCUAGUUCAGACUUGGGCUUCCCAAUUCAUCUAUAAUAUAAUAUUUUAAGUAGAAAUCAUCUCCUCUUGUUACAAAACUUGAUUACAUUUCAGACUAGAAAGGAAAAACUUCAUCAGGACUAUUUUCUGUUUCAUUUUUAUAGAGUGCUAGCUUUAAGCACUGGCCCUGCCAAUCUGACCUACAAACCUGGUUUUUAAUUCCCAUUAAAAAUAAUUUAGCUAGAGGAAGAGCUCAUUUCACAAGACUGUUGAUUGGUAGAUGUUUUGGGGCAAAGAAAGAUUUUCUUUGCUAUGACAAACCUUUAAACUACUUGGAGCUCAUUUUGGAGAAAACAAAGGAGCCCUUUUUUUAUUAUUAUUACACAGUACAUAUGGUGGCUUAGAAAGUUUUAAAUUGUUGAAAUGUCACUAUUCUGCCUGAGCAAAUUAUUUGGUUGACAUGGAUUAAAUGGUUUCAAAUUUGAGUUUUUCUUUUAAAAAAUCAACAAAAACAAAACCUAAUAAUAAUAUCCCCAAAUUUCAUGGGUUUGCCACAAGACAGAGGCAUUUUGUAAUGACAAACUGUAAAAGGUUUGAAACCCAGAAGGUGAUAAUUGGUACUUAAUACUUGGAUUUAUUUCUACUUGUCUUAUUACUCAAAUAAUUUAACCACCUGCUAAUUCUCAUUUAAAAAUUAUUUGUAUGUACUUUGGGUUAGUGAAUAUCUGUGCUGGCUGUUUGUUAUCUAUUUUAAAGGCUCAACCUGUAUUUCUUGUGUGUUUUAUCAGCAUGACCUGUUACAGAGUUGUAAUUUUAAAAAGUGAGAACGUUGUAUUUAUGAUGUCAGUUUUAACACUCAUUAACACACUACUGUGCAAGCAUUUACUGAGACUUAAAAUGAACUAUUAUGUCUGAUUGCUACACUUU